AGGAGAAGCCGCUUUCAGCCAACGAGACACGGAGCACAGCGCGCCACACAGCCUGGGCAUCUGCAACUUUCAACAGAAGCUUGUGCCUUUCCAAGAAUGCAUGCGGUUUGAGAUACACAUCUAUGGCCAGACGAAACAACCUGCGUCCCAGAGGACAGAACUGAUUGAGGCCCGAGAGCACAGACUCCAGAUUUUGCUGUUUCAUUCUGGCUUUAGUGUUGUUCUUCAUGGAUGUGCACGCAGGGGCGGGUCCGUUGCACGUGCAGACGGUGGAAGAGCCACCGGGAGGCGCCACGGUGACUGUCACCACCGCACAGUGUCAGGUCGAAAAGGUGGUGGGGCGUGACGCCGACCUCAGCGAGGAAGCCCUACAGUCGGACGCUGGGGCUCAAACACCGGCAGCGGUUGAUCCAGUCACAGAGAUCGAGAGCGAGGCUGGCGCGCGUGCAGAGGCGGACAGACAGCUGGAGGAGCAGAGAGCGGGGAAAACGGAAACCGUGGGCUCCAGUUGCAGCAACGAGAGUUGCGUCCCGACCCCAGGCUGUCGGAUUUGCUUCCAAGGAGCCGAGCAGGGGGAGCUGCUGAGCCCGUGCCGCUGUGCUGGUUCCGUUCGACAUGCCCAUCAGCAGUGUCUGCUCAAAUGGAUCAGUGAAAAGGGCUCCUGGAGCUGUGAACUCUGUAACUACAGAUUCAACAUUCUGCCCAUACAUAUCAAGCCACCACUGCAGUGGCAGGCUGUCACCAUGACACUGGUGGAGAAAGUGCAGGUCAUUGCAGUGUUGUUGGGCGGCAUCUUCCUAUUGACCAGUGUGUCAUGGCUGCUGUGGUCAGCACUGAGUCCCGAGGCACUAUGGCAACGAAGUGACAUUCUUUUCCAAAUAUGCUACGGCAUGUAUGCCGUAAUGGAUCUUGUGUGUAUUGGUCUCAUUGUUCAUGAAGGUGGUGCUGUGUACAAUGUGCUGAUGCGUUGGCGGGCAGUUAAUCUUCUUUGGGACGUUCAGAACUACGAUAAAAGCCGAGACCUGGACAGCACACACAGUCCACACCGUAACAUAUGGCUGCCUCUCACAAACACGCAUACAGUCUCGAAGCACUCACACACAACCCAACUGGAGUCAUUGCCUCGAUGCCCCCUUCACCUCCUCUCCAUGUUCCUGAAUGUAACCUCUGACCUCUCCCCACAGGAGCAUGGCACAGGCAAGCUUGUUGUAAGGGUCACUUCAGUCUGACUUCAAAUGAACUAAUUCAGGGACCAAUCCACUCUCCCUGCACUGUCCAAAGAUGGGUGUGGCUAACAAAUGGGAGGUGCCUAAGUGUUGGGAGGAGCCUCACUUGAAAAGCACUUUAGAAGAUGCACAAACUGAAUUAAAUAUGGUAUUGUUAUUAUGUUGUAUUGUAUAUUGGACAAGGUUUUCAAGGUCUGGAGUUCAUUCACUGACUCUGGAUCAGCCUUUGAGCAUCAGAGUUCAACUGCAAAGCACACAUACAGGCAUAUACUAAAUUGUAAUACAGACACACGCACAUAGCACCUGCUAAAUGUAUUACUGUAGUUAAGACAAAUGAAUGUUUGUUUAAAACCAACUUUGGUUUUGUUUAGGUUUUUCAUAUUUCAAAACUUUCAAAUGCAGGGUUUUCCAAAAGUUUUAACACACUCUGAUAUAGACAUCCAUAGACCAAAGAGAAAUUUAGACAGAUGGGGCCACUGUAAGAAAUGACAAUUUGCUGUAUAGAACUGUUCAGCUGUGACGUCAAUUUGUAGGCAAACACAGAAGGCUAACUCUGUGUUGCAUCUGGAAUUUCCUAUGGGUUUUUAUAACAGGGUUUUUCAAUAUAUGAGUAAAAUAAGGUCUAUGAGAAAGAUUUCUUGAAGAUUCUUGGACGUUUUUGUGCAACAUAAAUUACACAGUCAUACCGCAAACAUGAAUUUUAAAAUCACUAUGUUUAAAAAAAAUGUACAUUGCUAACGAGUUGCUAGAUAAGGACUACAAAUACCACAAGCAUGUGAGUGUACGUGCCUGAUGAAUCUUAUCUAGCAACUUAUCUAGCAACAUACUAAAAACACAGCAGAUUUAAAAAUCACGUUUGGGGUAUGACUGUGUAAUUUAUGUUUUAGAACAAAACAUUCAAGCAUCUUAAAGGAAUGUUUCGCAGAGACCUUAUUUUACUCAUAAAUCCAAAAUUGCCAUUAAAAAACCCAUAGGAAAAUCCUGAGCAAUCCUUUGCUAAUUUCCAUAUGCUAAUUCUCUUCCAGGUUUUUGUACUACAACCUGAAAAGCUCCAUUCCCUCUUGAUUUCUCACACAGAUCAUUCCAUAUUGGAUAUGUCAGGGCUUUCUCUAGUGUGUAUGCAUCUUACAUCUCAUGUCGUAUUACAGCAAAAAACAAACUGGCUUUGCACUAUUAGUCUUGACUCAUAUAAAACUUAUAGAGUGGUCAGAUAUUUCAGUAAUCUUUGUGGUGCUGCUAGCCUAGUGGUUUAAUAUCUGUGUUAGUCACACAAGGCUUAUACAUUUAAAUUCCCAGCCAGGAGCAAGUGAUAAUUUUAACCAUUGUGGCCCAUAUCAACCUGACAAAUGUGAGUCUGCUAAUUCCUUCUGGGUCUAUUUGCUGUGUUGAGCUUAAUCAUCAAUAUGAAAUGGCAUUCACAACCCAUUUUACUUUCGUAAGAGAAAAGUAGGAAGGGACUUGAUUUUAUCCAUCUGAAAUUGAUUGGAUUGUGAAAAGUGGUCUUUAUAUUACAUGUGAUUGAAGGGGAGGAGAUGAAAAAUAAAAAGGGGUUGGUGACAUCAACUGAAAAGGAAAGUCAUUUCAGAGGCAGAGCAAGUUACUACAUUGUUUUGAUGAAAGAUUACAAAGACAGACAUUUCUUUUUUUAGAAUAACGUGCACUGAUGAAUCGAGCACAAUAAGAUCAGGUACAUAUAUUAAAGGAAUUUUCCGUGUUCAGUACAAGUUAAGCUCAGUCGACAGCAUUUGUGGCAUAAUAUUGAUCACCACAAAAAUUUAUUAAUUGUCCCUCCUUUUCUAAAAAAAAAAAAAAGCAAAAGUCAAGGUUACAGUG